UUCUCUCAAGAAAGAGAAGGUGAAGAUAAGGGAAAGAAAGAGAGAUCCAAGAAAAUUUGAGAAGCAAGUCUGUGUAUCUCCAGGGAUUGAUUCAUAAAAUGACGAGAAGGAAGAUAGAAAUAAAGAAGAUCGAGAACGCCGCCGCGAGGCAGGUGGCUUUCUCAAAGAGAAGAAAAGGUCUAUUCAAGAAGGCCAUGGAGCUUUCAACUCUCUGCGAUGCUGAGAUUGCACUUUUAGUAUUUUCAGCUUCUGGCAAACUCUUUGAUUACUCUAGUACAAGCAUGAGGCAGUUGAUCGAAAGGAGAAACUUGUACUCAAAUAUUAAUCUUGACGAAUCACACCAGCCAUCUCUUGAACUGCAGGUAGAAGGUGAAUAUUUUAAGCUUAAAAAGGAACUUAAAGAGAAGACUCGUGAAAUAAGGCAGCUCAAUGGAGAAGAACUGCAAGGAUUGACCUUAAAAGACCUAAGGAAACUAGAAAUUUUGCUUAACACGAGCUUGAAUCUCAUUUCAAAAGCAAAGGAUCAAGUACAUGAGCAGGAGAUCAGUAUUCUCAAGACCAAGGAAGCCAAACUCAUGGAGGAAAACCAGAGACUAAACCAGGAAGUCAAAAUGAUGGAAGAAAACCAGAGAUCGCAACAGGUUCAAAGACUUGAGCAUGACCAAGGCCAGGCAUUGGACGCCACUCAGAGAAUGAGGUUACUCUUUCUCUGAAUCACAUUGAAGUUUCUGGUUGAUGAUGACCAGUACCAGAUUAUGAAUAAUUUGUCCAGAUAAUAUAUAUAUGAGCAUGUAUGUGAAAUAAAUUUGUAGUGUAUUGUUUUAUGGAAUUAGUGACUUCAGUUUCAUUCUCAUUGUAUUGAUCAGUGAUAAUGUAUUCAGGUACUGUGCAACAGAAACCUCUGUAGAAAACUACGUCGUAAGACAAAAUGAAUUGUUUUUUCAUCGGAUUGCAAA